GUUUCUUUUGCAUUAGUAAUGUGUACAUUUAUAUUUUUGAAUAAAAAUAAUACUUUUUUCUAAAUAUACAAUUAUAUAUACAGCAUAAAUUCAAAAAUUGUGUAUCACGGAACUUUUCUCAUUUUGACUAUUUUCAAAUAUACAUAUAUAUAUGAAUGUACAUAUAGUCAUAUACACGUAUAUUCAUAUGCACCAGUAUACAUAAUUUUUGGUCUCGUUCUAUGCUUUGCAAUCGUAAAUUUUUUAAACAGGUUAUUUAUGAGAUUAAUGCUUGUAACUCGGAACUGAUAAUAACGCCGGGAAAUACAAAAAGUCUACUGAGAGUAGUGAUAAUUUUUCAGCAGGUACAGCCACCUUCUUUUGAGCAUUCAUAGAAGCUCAUCUGAAAUUAAGAAUAUUGUUAUUAACUACAUAGUAUGAAACGCAGUGCUUCAGGAGAUUCACCAACCAGGAACAAUCAUUUGGGAAGAUCUUCUCACGGUAGAACAAUUAUGGGUCGCGGUUAUGAUAAUGGUAGCGGCGUUCCAGGCGAUUCUCCCGAACGCAUGUCUCCAGAUCGCCUACGACGUCGGAUAGGUCGGUCACCAAGUCCACGAGCACGGUACGGUGUUUCACCACAUCGUGAAGAAUACUUACGUGGGCCCCCACCUGUGGCGGAAAGGCCAACGUACAAGGUGUUAUGUGUUAGUGCUUUACAUCCCAAAGCUUCUGACGAUUUCAUUAAGGAAACAUUAUAUCGUGAAUACAAAAAAUUCGGCGAUUUCAGCAUUCGUAUAUCUCAUGAUUUGGACGAACGUGUUGCCUACGUUUGUUUUAGAACAUCUGAGGAUGCUCGUGAAGCAAAACAUCAUAAGCCGCGUAUUGUAUUGUAUGAUAAAAUGGCAUUGGUAGAACCAGUUUACGAAUCAUCUUCACAUAAUGAAUACAGGCCUCGUGGACGUUCGAUUACUCCGCCUGACUACGAUCGAUAUCAUUACCCACGUUCGCCUAUGGGUCCGACUGGUCCAAUAGAACAUCGUCGACCACCGAUCGAUCCGUAUGACCGUUAUGGACCACCGAUGCAUCCGCAUGGUCGUUCACGGGAAUAUCGCGGACCAAUUCAUCACGAAUAUCCACUUCCUCCACGUGGACCACCAAUGCAUCGUGUGCCACCACAUAUGCAUGGACCACCACCACCACAUCAAUAUGCACCCAUGCGUCAUAUGGGACCUCGUCCACAUGUUCCAUACGAGAAGCCUGAGAGUAAGAAAGAUAAAUUUCCAAAUUAUUUGCAUCAUGUUCAACCAGAAGACGACCCACUUGCAACACGUACUCUAUUUGCUGGUAAUUUAGAAGUGAAUAUUUCGGAUGAAGAGUUGCGUCGUAUAUUCGGUAAAUACGGUAUUGUUGAUGACAUCGAUAUAAAGCGACCCCCACCAGGUACUGGUAAUGCUUUUGCUUUCGUACGUUAUCAAAAUCUAGACAUGGCACACCGUGCUAAGAUAGAGCUUUCCGGUCAAUAUAUUGGAAAGUUCCAAUGCAAGAUUGGUUACGGUAAAGUAACACCAGCUACUCGUAUAUGGAUCGGUGGUCUAGGCGCUUGGACUUCUGUUACACAAUUGGAACGGGAAUUUGAUCGUUUUGGUGUCAUAAAGAAAAUAGAAUAUCAAAAAGGCGAGACAUGUGCAUAUAUACAAUAUGAAACCAUCGAGGCAGCCUCUGCCGCAGUGAAAGAAAUGCGCGGUUUUCCUUUGGGUGGACCAGAGCGUCGUUUGCGUACAGAUUUUGCUGAAUUACCUGGAACUACCCCAGCUGUACCAUUUAAAUCAAAGAGCUAUGAUGAGGCACCCGAAUAUAGGCGUCCAGAAUAUGACUACCACUAUGAAGAGACACCACAUUAUGCUCCACGAGGUGGGUAUGCACCUUAUCCACCACGAGGUGGUUAUAGGGGUCGUGGUGGCUACCGCGGUCGUGGACGUGGUUCAUAUCACGUUUAUCAUAAUGAUGUGCAUCGUCCAAUACAUGGCAGUUCAACAUCAUCGAUGCCACCACCUGCUGGAGCCGAAGAUGAAUGGCGUCGUCCGCCAGGCGAUUCAUAUGAGCGAGCACGUUCUGGUUCACGUGAACCCGGUGCUGAUCGUUCACGUUCGCGCUCACCUCACAAACGCGCACAUUCACCCGAGUCGGACUCCGAUUCUUCUUCACGACGAAACGGUGCAUUGAGUACCGCACGUACUCUGCCUGACAUUGCCCGUAAGUGCACUGUUGUAUGGCAGGGCGCACUCAUACUAAAGAGUUCACUAUUUCCGGCAAAAUUCCAUAUGACUGAUGGUGAUGCGGAUAUUGUCGACUCUUUAAUGCGCGACGAAGAAGGAAAGCAUAACUUGCGUAUUACACAGCGUUUGCGUCUCGAUCCACCCAAAUUGGAGGAUGUGCAAAAGCGCAUUAGCUCAUCAUCGUCACAUGCAAUAUUUUUAGGAUUAGCGUCGUCGGCUGCAACCACUCUGGAGGAUAGCAGCGUGCAAACGCGUCCACUACGAAAUUUAGUGUCGUAUUUAAAACAAAAGGAAGCUGCCGGUGUUAUCUCACUGUUGAACAAAGAUACUGAAGCCACUGGUGUGCUAUAUGCUUUCCCACCAUGUGACUUUUCUACUGAACUACUGAAGCGUACAUGCCAGAGUGUAACUGAGGAGGGUCUAAAGGAAGAUCAUCUUGUGGUAGUAGUCGUAAGAGGUGGAACUGCUUAAAAUCGAUAACGCGUAGUCAGUCGCCGAUUUCUUUUUAUUGAUUGUAAAUCACUAGUGCGCUAGAAUAGUGAAUAUGGAAGUACUUUUAUCGCGUCGGUAGUGAAAUUUUAAACAUACCGAAGGGCUAAGGUUUAAACCCGGAAAUAACAAAUUUUGAAUAAAAAUAAGUUAGCUGUAUUGCUUCUACAACUACAUAUUCUCCUUAUAGAAAGCGAAUAAAAAGUUGAGACCGCUGAUGGCUUAGCAGUCUGUCAUUUCAUUUGUCUCUGAUAAAAGUAUAUAAUUUUUUUUUAAAAUGAAUUGAAUGAAUGAACGAGGUUCUUGAAACUCUUAACUUAAAAUUAAAAAUUGAAUUAUAUCUAUGCACUAUUUAUUGGGUCUUAAUAUUUUAUUCGCUUAAAUUAGUCUGUAGUAUUUUGACGCAUACUUACUAUCACAGCACUUUAUUUUGCCACACAAUAACAUUUUUCAAACAAUCAACUAGUUUAGUAAGUAGGUAAGCACUUAUACAAAUUUAUAAUGUUUAAAAAUGUUCAUGAUUUUAGUUAAAAAAGUGAAUAAGUUGCUGUGGAAAUGUUGUGAAGUUUAAUUUGAUCGUUUAUGAUGCCAUCUAAACGCAGCAGAUUAAUGCUUAUAAUUAUAAUUUCUAAAAACUAUCAAACUUUUUAAUUUUUGUGUAAAGAUGAGAUUCGAACAAAGAGAAAAUUGUAUAAAAUGAGCAAAGCUAAAUUGUGUUACGUUUUAUAGAAAGAAAAAAAUAUAAUCUCAUUUCAUUUUGUACGCGUGGUGAACAAAAAUGAUAGCUUCUAACAAAGUUUAAUUUUGGUGAUGUAGUGUGGCGUUGUGGCAUUGUGGCUAUUUAGCAGUGGUGAGCUUUAUUCUCCAGCAAGUGUAUUUUUUUUCUUAAAUCAAAGUUGAUCACAGAAAUUUGUUUGUGUUAUUUUAUUAUAUUUGAGUUUGUGUUUAUUACAUAUUGAAUGUAAGAAAAAUACUUACCAUGUUUGGUCAAUUAUUUAUUUUUAUUAGAAAUAUUGUUUUUGUUUACUGAAACACCAAAAAUUGUCAGAACAAAGUGAAGUUCAAUAUGAUCCAUAUCAAAGAAUGGUUUAGUUCAGUUCACAACUAGUGCAGUUCGUCCCUUUAUCGCCGUAAUUUCAGUGCGGUUAAGAUGCAAUUCAAAGUCAAAGAUGGUUAAAAGUGAAGUAUUUGUACGAAUUGCUGGUGUGGUGUGGUGUGAUGUGGGUGCUUUAUGAAACCUUUUCCAAAAUUAGAAUUGGCUAAACGAACUAAUAGCUCCCUGAAAGUGAAGUAUUCUCAAACAUAAAUAUGUGGCAAAAAUUUAAUGCGAGUAUAUGAGGAGCAGUUACUUUUGUUCUAUUUGAAUUGUUUAAUAUUGGUACGGCUGCUGUUUGGUGGUACAAUCAAAAGUAGUUAAAACUUCUCUGACUGCAUUAAAAUUAGUUUUAACGGUGGUUUUAUAUGGCAUAAUUAAUUCAGUGCUUAAUUGCCUAAAUAUACAGUUUCAGUUUGUUAUGCGAGUAAUUACUUGUUUGUCGCCUACACAAAGACGCGAGUGCCAAACGAAUGAAAGUGCGUCCGAUUGUGACCUCUUGUGUCAACUUUCUCCAAUGUCUGUGGGUGUAGUAAAUGUUUUUCGAAGCCAUGCUAAGAGAA